CAGGUGUGUCCGUGCCCGGCCGGAGCGCGCGGCUGCCGCGGGAUGCGCCCAUGGAGCCGCCGGGGCUGAAGCGCAGCUGUGCCCACGGGUCCCUGCUUACCUUGUCCUGCCUUUCUCGCCACGUCGUGUGCCAAGUGAUCAGCGAGACUGACCUGGCCCUCUCCUCCCAUGAUAACCUGACCUUGGAAACCUCCUGGGAAACACCGGUAGAAAGCAAGUAUGGAUUCUACAUCGGCUUGGCCCUCGCCGUCUUCGCCAGCUUCCUCAUCGGCAGCAGCGUCAUCCUCAAGAAGAAAGGGCUUCUGCGGCUGGUGAAGAAGGGGGGCACCAGAGCAGGAGAUGGCGGUCAUGGCUACCUGAAGGACUGGCUCUGGUGGGCUGGACUGCUAACCAUGGGUGGAGGGGAAGCGGCCAACUUCGCUGCCUACGCGUUCGCACCUGCCACGAUUGUGACUCCGCUGGGCGCCCUGAGCGUGCUCAUCAGCGCCAUUCUGUCUUCCUAUCUGCUCGGAGAGCGACUGAACCUGCUGGGAAAGCUGGGCUGCAUGUUGAGCAUCUUGGGGAGCACCAUGAUGGUGAUCCAUGCUCCGGAAGAAGAGGAGGUUACCACUCUGGAUGAACUGUCUUCAAAACUGAAAGAGCCAGGUUUCCUUGCAUACGCGGUGAUCCUCUUGGCAGUCUGCUUGGUGCUGAUCUUCUUCCUGGCCCCACGCUACGGGCAGACCAACAUCCUCGUCUACCUCACCAUCUGCUCUGUGAUCGGGGCCUUCUCGGUGUCCUCGGUCAAAGGACUUGGCAUUGCCAUCAAGGGCUUCUUCGCUGGCUGGCCCGUGCUGCAGCACCCGCUGACCUGGAUCCUGGUUGUCACGUUGGUGGCGUCCAUCACCACACAGAUCAACUACCUCAAUAAGUCCCUGGACAUUUUCAACACCUCCUUGGUGUUCCCCAUCUACUACGUGCUGUUCACCACCAUCGUCAUCACCACGUCCAUCAUUCUCUUUAAAGAGUGGGUCACCAUGUCAGUCGUGGACAUUAUUGGGACAGUCGGUGGCUUCCUCACUAUUAUUUUGGGGGUGUUUUUGCUCCAUGCCUUCAAGGACAUGGACAUCACUUUAGGGAACCUGCCACAAAUGCUGCAAAACGCCGACGAUGAACCUGCCCCCAAGGAUGACAGGAACAUCCUGGUUGAAGUGGACAAUUCCAGCAUGAUCCCUGAGGAUAAACCCAAAGUAUUCAUGAUUUACAGCUAAAGCAUCACUAGGAACAUCCCAGGGGAAAGGCUGAUGCUCGCAAACUGGCUAGAACAAGAGCAUCCAAAUGGGACCAAGCUAUUUUAAAGACAGGAAAACAAAUAGAGGCCUGAUCCAAAGCCCAUUGAGUCUUUCCAUGGACUUUGAAUCAGGAUAUGAUCUAAUGAUGUAUGAGCAAGGAGUAUAUUAGUCUUCACACAGAUGUCCGAUGGAAGUGCAAGUUCCUUGAAAACGGAAAAAAAAUCACUUGCUCUGGGAUCCUUUCUGCUCCCCGCUCCUUUAUCAGGACUGGUUUCCAGGGGAUGUUCUGCAUACUUUUCUUCCUGAGCAAAACCCCAGUGGAUGUUGCACUUACUUCAAAGUGACCCCAUCGAUGGUCCGAUUGAGGUCCCUUUACUGAACAUUUCCCAAAGGUCUUAGUCCCCCCCUUGCAGAGCACAUCACCCCAGCAUGCUCAAACAGAGCUGGGGGAUGCAGAAGGCACCUCCUCUCUUUGCAAAGCCCCAGACUCAAGAGCAAUACUAAGCCCUUACAUCAAACAGCUGCUGUCCGCAGUCUGUGGGGAAACGUGGCUGCCAACUUGACCUGAAAGCUAAAUCUUCUGGCAGGCCAAGCAAGGGAGCGGGGAAACCAGCCCCCUCCAGCUCCUCCUUUUGCAAGCCAGUUGCCCACCCAUCCAGAGCAUGCACACAUAGCGUUAAGCCAGCAAAAACCAGUUGUUUCCAUCAUGCCCCAUUGAAGAGUGUUCAAAUACAUGUUGUACCUGGGACAGUUAUGCAAGUCUACUCGAGCAUCCCUGCAGGGCUCAUCCAAAUCAUCUCAGGCAGCAUCCUGGACUGCUACCGAGAAGCCUGCUUCACCCACUCGGCCCCGCCCGGCACAUGCCAAAUCCGGGCAGUGCGGCCGGCUCAGCGUCCCUGAGGCUGCCCCAGCACCGCUCUCCGGCUCUGUCUCAGUUGUGCUUCCCUGCACACACUUGGGGCACUCUCAGGUGACCAGGCUGCCUCCUCUCCAGCAUUUGACCCAGGCUGAGCAGGAGAAGGGGGCAGCAGUCUGAGACAUGGCACGGAGGUAGUGUGGACCUGUCCAUGCAGGAGUCUGGUACCAGCUUUCAAGAGGGACUUGAACUCAAGCUCUGAAUCCAACUAUCCUUCACGAGGAAGCACAGAGCAGAUCUUUGAAUGGUGCUCCUGGUCGUGGGACAAAGCAGCAUCUCCUAUCCCUAAAUCCCAGGAGGGCCGAGUCUCAGCUGAGCAGCUCGCACCAAUCCCUGUGCAAAAUGUGCCUCGCUCAGGGAGCCGUGCUGGUUCCAGGCUAGUGCAAGCCGUCACGGUGGACUGUAUACAGGACAGCCCAGCAUACCUGGGUACAUGAGCAGCCAGUGCCACUGCUAGAUAAAACUCGGUAUUUCAGGUGCUUAAAUGCUGCAGCAUAUUCUUCUCAUUCCUGUACUGCAAAUGAUCUCCGAUUCUCCAAGAGAUGCCUGGUACCUCUGGAAAAGAGAGAGAGCAUCCAUGCUAUAGCUUCUGGGCUUCACAUGCUCUGUCCUUGGGAUUUGGGCCUGUUUGGAAAAGCGGCACCGCUCUCCAACUCCUCUGGGAUCCCGGCGGGCUGUGACCAGAAGCAGAGCCAGCUCCUGAGCACUGGGCCGCGUUGGCCCAGAGCAAUUUCAGCAUCGAGCUGUCGUGUUAUAUGAUGACACUUCUCCGUGCUCUGCGAGCGUGCGAGCUGGGGCAAACUUUAUCGUGGAGGUGAAAGAAGUCACUUUGAGCUUUCUGGCCAGCUUCCACCAGUCUCUGCUGACUACACAUUUACUUUGCGGGGUGUCCCCUCCUGGAGUGAAGGUCUGCUUGGCUGGAGUUGUAGGACCUGAGCUUGGGUGGUGGCAUUUUCCACAGGGCAUGAAGGAGAAAGUAUUCCUAAUGCCUUUGUGUCUGUGAGCAGAUGGAGCAUCAGGCCCCUUUGCCCACAGCGAUUGCUGCGGUCUCCUCCAGACUGGGCCCAGGUCAGUGAAAGCCGCUUUCGGCCGGAAGACCAAGGCAGUGCAAUGCUGAAGGGGUUGUUUGAUUGCAAAAGUUAGGGGAGCAGGAGGCUUGGAGACCCCAGCCCUCACAUCCCAUCGGUACAGCUUGGGGGGCUAUCAAGAGAGAAACCUGCUAGCUGUUAGAGGCAACAUGGGAAUGAGCGGGAGAGGCGAGGUCUGGAAGUAUUUAUUUUGCUGUUAAAACUCUGCUCCCUCGCAUCCUCCUUGCACGGUUUCUCUGGCUGUGCUUCGCCCUCCCCUUUCCAUCCCCUUUUUCCCCUUGCAUUUUCACUCUGUCCAGCCGCUGUUGCACCGUCUAUCGGUGCAAACCCUGUGGUGUCCAGGCUCACCACCACCCCUGGAGCCCCAAUGCAGGGGAAAAAGGGGGUGAAGCCAAGCAAUGUGCAUUCAUUCACAUCCAGCUGCUCCUGAAUCUUGGCCCUUUGCUGCUGGCAGCCUCUGUGUUAAGUUAGCAGGCCCUGCCACAGACCACGAUCUGGUCCCAUUAGUGCUGAAAAACCUCGUUGCAUCUUUGGAUGUGGUGCAACUAUAUGUCUCGUCCCAGGGGAGAGUUAAGCCCCUGUAAUCACUGGUGCUCAAGGGCUGAGAUCCCAGGGAUAAAACCACAGCUGGCAUAAACUUUCCUCACUCCAUUAACUCAAUCAACCAGCUCUUAGGUUUCUGCUGCUUAUUUCUUCAGAGGCUGAAGAUAAUCGUUGUCUUUUGAGAGGACGGACACAGUCAUCCUUUUAUGCCUAGAGGGGUGAGCUAUGAAGCUCAAACCAUAAGUGCUGAUCUUGGCACCAGAAAGUGGGGUGUAGGGCAGCCGUGGCAGGGACAGAAAUCAUAGUCACAGAGCAUGGGCUGGAAGGGAGCUCCAGAGGUCCCAUCUAGCCCAGCCCCUGCCUGAGAAAGGAUCAGCCCCAUCCAAACCAGCCCAGGCAAAUCUAUCAGCUAAACUCUGUAAAAGGACCAUCAAUCCUGACACAAGACAUCACACUUGACCCUGCUCCGGGGGCUCUUCCAAACAGGAAAAGGGGAAAGCAGAAGCAGCAAUGGGCUGAGCUGGGAUUAGCUGCAAAAGCAGGCAUUUCCCCACGUGCCCCCACGGUGCUGCCCGGCCCGUGUCAUCUCCUCUGGGGGCCUCAGCACCAAGCGAUUCCUUCCAGCCCCAUCUACAAGACUUGGGGGACCUCCGUCCUCACGAAGCACCUUACCCUCAAAUCAAAGAAGCCAAAGGUAUAUCCGCUGUACUGUCUGACCAGGCGUGAGCCCCAGAGCAGUUGCAUUUCAGCCCUGUUUGCUUGUAUUUGGAGAGGGGAAAUAAAGGCUUUUUGUACCGACA